GCCUGAGCUCUCUGCUGUGCAGAGAUAGCGGCAGAGUGGGUGCUUUGUGACCAGACCCUUCCCAUUCACAGAGAACUGGAAGACCGCACUGCCUGGCUGGGAAUUUACAGAGGCUUAGGAAAAAGAUGAACUGGCCCCACUUCUGCAUCUCCUUUUGUUGGAUUUACUUUGCUGCCUCCAGACUGAGAGCAGUUGGAGAAACAGCAGAUGGAAAAUAUGCUCAGAAGUUGUUUAAUGACAUUUUUGAAGAUUAUUCCAAUGCUCUUCGUCCAGUAGAGGAUACAGAUAAAGUCCUGAAUGUCACGCUCCAGAUUACACUUUCUCAGAUUAAGGAUAUGGACGAAAGAAAUCAAAUUCUGACUGCCUAUUUGUGGAUCCGCCAAAUCUGGCACGAUGCGUAUCUCACGUGGGAUCGAGACCAGUAUGAUGGACUGGACUCCAUCAGGAUCCCCAGCGACUUGGUGUGGAGGCCGGAUAUUGUCCUGUAUAACAAGGCUGAUGAUGAAUCUUCUGAGCCUGUGAACACCAACGUGGUCCUGCGGUAUGAUGGGCAGAUCACCUGGGAUGCACCAGCCAUCACCAAAAGCUCCUGUGUGGUGGAUGUCACCUACUUCCCCUUUGAUAAUCAGCAGUGCAACCUGACCUUUGGUUCCUGGACCUACAACGGCAAUCAGGUGGACAUAUUCAACGCCCUGGACAGCGGAGACCUCUCCGACUUCAUCGAAGAUGUGGAGUGGGAGGUGCAUGGCAUGCCUGCUGUGAAGAAUGUGAUCUCCUAUGGCUGCUGCUCUGAGCCUUACCCGGAUGUGACGUUCACUCUCCUUCUGAAGAGGCGGUCCUCCUUCUAUAUCGUCAACCUCCUCAUCCCAUGUGUCCUCAUAUCUUUUCUGGCUCCCUUGAGUUUUUAUCUCCCAGCAGCCUCUGGGGAAAAGGUCUCCCUGGGAGUGACCAUACUGUUGGCCAUGACUGUAUUUCAGCUCAUGGUGGCAGAGAUCAUGCCAGCCUCAGAAAAUGUCCCUCUGAUAGGCAAAUACUACAUAGCCACAAUGGCCUUGAUCACAGCGUCCACUGCCUUGACCAUUAUGGUGAUGAAUAUCCACUUCUGCGGGGCCGAGGCCCGGCCAGUGCCACACUGGGCCAGGGUAGUCAUCCUGAAAUACAUGUCUAGGAUCUUGUUUGUCUACGAUGUGGGUGAGAGCUGCCUGAGCCCCCGCCAAGACAGGGAACAGGACCACCUCAUGAAGGUUUACGGCAACCUUCCAGAGGCUAAUCUGAAGACAACCAGAAAUAAAGACCUUCCCAGAAAGAAGGAAAUGAACAAACUCUUAAAGAAUGACUUGAGGUACCAGGGUGAAAACCCGCAGGAUGUUGACAGUUACUGUGCAAGGUACAAAGUGCUGACGAGGAAUAUCGAAUACAUUGCCAAAUGCCUCAAAGACCAUAAGGCCACCAGUUCCAAGGGCAGAGAAUGGAAAAAGGUUGCAAAGGUCAUAGACCGAUUCUUCAUGUGGAUUUUUUUUAUUAUGGUGUUUGUGAUGACUAUUUUGAUCACAGCAAGAGCAGGUUAGUGAGCAUUUGGUAUGUGGGGAUAAAUCAAGAAAAUUCCCCUGUGAUCU